AUGGCGGCGGAUAACAUGGUGGAAGAGGGGAAGGGGAGCGGCAGUUAUAACCUAAGAAGCCUGGAGAACAAGAAAGGGGAAAACGCAGCCGGUAAAGGAGGAGACGCACAGAAAUCAAAAGAGGUGACACCUGGAAGAGCAAGUAGAGGUAGAAAGAAAACGGACCCGAAAGAUAAGAAAGAGAAGAGGAAGGACAGGACACUUUCUGGGGUCAGGCGACUGGAGGACUUCUGGGGAGAGAAGACGGGGGGUGAGGAGAAUUCUCAGUGGGAAAGGCCGGAGGAUGACCCGGAUGUCCCAGAGAAUCCUGAAAGUGACCAAGAGACCCAUGACAACCAGUCAGAGGAACAGGAAAGUGAGGAAGUUGAGGAGGGCUUGGAUGUGGACAGUGUAACAGGAGAAGAGGCAGUGACAAGUGAGGACAAAGGGACGAGUGGAAAUGAGGGGAGGAAGGAGGAAAAAGCAACAGUGGCUCUCCAGCCGACAUGGACCCUCCCGAGAACACCCGUUGGAGGAAAUGCGGGAGAGGCAAUUAGCCCAACACAAAUAAGCAGAAGUGAGAGUAGGCAGGAGGAAGAGAAUGAGGAAAUGGAGGGGAACAGGAGCAGGGAUGGAACACCAACAGGGAGGGAGGAAAUUGGGCUUGACAGGCUGGAGAAGUGGAUGGAAAAGUGGGAGAGAAAACAGAAAGAGGAAUGGGAAGAAAAGAUGGCAGACCUGGAAUACCUGAUCAGGAGAGAAGUAGGGAAAGCGAAAAUACGGUGUGAAAAUUGUGAGAGGAGAAGAGGAGAGUCGGAAGAGGAUCAAUUGACAGAUCAGCUCAGAGACACGCAGGAACGACUGAGAGUGAGUGAAGAUCAGGUGGAGGAGUUAGAGUCAAAAGUGAGGCAGUGGAAAGGGGUGGCAGAGACAUGGAAGAUCAGAGCAGAAGAAGCAAGAGAAGAAUNAGAAGUAGGGAAAGUGAAAAUACGGUGUGAAAAUUGUGAGAGGAGAAGAGGAGAGUCGGAAGAGGAUCAAUUGACAGAUCAGCUCAGAGACACGCAGGAACGACUGAGAGUGAGUGAAGAGCAGGUGGAGGAGUUAGAGUCAAAAGUGAGGCAGUGGAAAGGGGUGGCAGAGACAUGGAAGAUCAGAGCAGAAGAAGCAGGAGAAGAAUUGAAGAAGACAAAAGACGUGACAGAAAACGGAAGGGAUGUCUNAAGCAAGAGAAGAAUUGAAGAAGACAAAAGACGCGACAGAAGACGGAAGGGAUGUCCCGAUAAGUCCAGCAAAUACGGUGAGAACAGUGAGCCCGUCUGGAAGCCUCUCAGGCAGAAGGGGUGA